ACAGAGCCACCGGGCUGGGGACAGUGGAGCGGAGGCUGAAAUCCCCAGACGCCGGUUUUCUGGGCUGGGCUUUUUGCCUUACUCACUCAUUCUCCCUCUUUCUGGAUUUUACCGACCGUUCGCGAAACAGCUUUCCACACAAUGGAGCUUCACCUCCUCGUGCAGGAAGUGCUCAUCGACUGAUAUGGCAGACUUUGCUCCCCGGCAAAACUGAAGAACUCUCCUACUCAUGGAGGCGAACACUGAGGAUGCUUUCCACAUGAAUCCUGAAGUGAACCUCUGAUACAUUUCCUGUAGCAAGAGAAGGCAGCCAACAUGAAGGAAAAUGUGGUAUCUGCAACUGUUUUCACUCUGCUACUUUUUCUCAACACCUGCCUUCUGAAUGGACAGUUACCUCCUGGAAAACCUGAGAUCUUUAAAUGUCGUUCUCCCAAUAAGGAAACAUUCACCUGCUGGUGGAGGCCUGGGACAGAUGGAGGACUUCCCACCAAUUAUUCACUGACUUACCACAGGGAAGGAGAGACACUCAUGCAUGAAUGUCCAGACUACAUAACUGGUGGGCCCAACUCCUGCCACUUUGGCAAGCAGUACACCUCCAUGUGGAGGACAUACAUCAUGAUGGUCAAUGCCACUAACCAGAUGGGAAGCAGUUUCUCGGAUGAACUUUACGUGGACGUGACUUACAUAGUUCAACCAGACCCUCCUUUGGAGCUGACUGUGGAAGUAAAACAGCCAGAAGACAGAAAACCCUACCUGUGGAUGAAAUGGUCUCCACCUACCCUGAUUGACUUAAAAACUGGUUGGUUCACACUCCUGUAUGAAAUUCGAUUAAAACCCGAGAAAGCAGCUGAGUGGGAGACCCAUUUUGCUGGGCAGCAAACAGAGUUUAAGAUUCUCAGCCUACAUCCAGGACAGAAAUACCUUGUCCAGGUUCGCUGCAAACCAGAUCAUGGAUAUUGGAGUGCAUGGAGUCCAGCGACCUUCAUUCAGAUACCUAGUGACUUCAUCAUGAAUGAUACAACCGUGUGGAUCUCUGUGGCUGUCCUUUCUGCUGUCAUCUGUUUGAUUAUUGUCUGGGCAGUGGCUUUGAAGGGCUAUAGCAUGGUGACCUGCAUCUUUCCGCCAGUUCCUGGGCCAAAAAUAAAAGGAUUUGAUGCUCAUCUGUUGGAGAAGGGCAAGUCUGAAGAACUACUGAGUGCCUUGGGAUGCCAAGACUUUCCUCCCACUUCUGACUAUGAGGACUUGCUGGUGGAGUAUUUAGAAGUAGAUGACAGUGAGGACCAGCAUCUAAUGUCAGUCCAUUCAAAAGAACACCCAAGUCAAGGUAUGAAACCCACAUACCUGGAUCCUGACACUGACUCAGGCCGGGGGAGCUGUGACAGCCCUUCCCUUUUGUCUGAAAAGUGUGAGGAACCCCAGGCCAAUCCCUCCACAUUCUAUGAUCCUGAGGUCAUUGAGAAGCCAGAGAAUCCUGAAACAACCCACACCUGGGACCCCCAGUGCAUAAGCAUGGAAGGCAAAAUCCCCUAUUUUCAUGCUGGUGGAUCCAAAUGUUCAACAUGGCCCUUAAUACAGCACAACCCCAGAUCCUCCUACCACAAUAUUACUGAUGUGUGUGAGCUGGCUGUGGGUCCUGCAGAUGCACCGGCCACUCUGUUGGACGAAGCAGGUAAAGAUGCUUUAAAAUCCUCUCAAACCAUUAAGUCUAGAGAGGAGGGAAAGGCAGCCCAGCAGAGGGAGGUGGAAAGCUUCCAUUCCAAGACUGACCAAGAUACGCCCUGGCUGCUGCCCCAGGAGAAAACCCCCUUUGGCUCCGCUAAACCUUUGGAUUAUGUGGAGAUUCACAAGGUCAACAAAGAUGGCGCAUUAUCAUUGCUACCGAAACAGAGAGAGAACAGCGGCCAGCCCGAGAAGCCCAGGGCUCCUGAGAACAGUAAGGAGUAUGCCAAAGUGUCCGGGGUCAUGGAUAACAACAUCCUGGUGUUGGUGCCGGAUCCACAUGCUAAAAAUGUGGCUUGCUUUGAAGAAUCAGCCAAAGAGGUCCCACCAUCACUUGAACAGAAUCAAGCUGAGAAAGACCUGGCCAACUUCACUGCGACACCAAGCAAGUGCAGGAUCCAGCUGGGUGGUUUGGAUUACCUGGAUCCCGCGUGUUUUACGCACUCCUUUCAUUGAUAGCUUGACUAAUGGAAUGAUUGGUUAAAAUGUGAUUUUUCUUCAGGUAACACUACGGAGUACAUGAAAUGCUCAAGAAUGUAGUCAGACUGACACUACUAAAGCUCCCAGCUCCUUUCAUGCUCCAUUUUUAACCACUUGCCUCUUUCUCCAGCAGCUGAUUCCAGAACAAAUCAUUAUGUUUCCUAAAUGUGAUUUGUAGAUUUAAUUUUUGCUAUUAGUUAUAAAAUUAUGUGUUCAAUGAAAUAAAAGCACACUGCUUAGUAUUCUUGAGGGACAAUGCCAACAGAAAUAUCCUCUGGAAAAGGCUUUCAUGAUUUGGCAUGGGACAGACGGAAAUGAAAUUGUCAAAAUUGUUUACCAUAGAAAGAUGACAAAGGAAAAUUUUCCACAUAGGAAAAUGCCAUGAAAAUUGCUUUUGAAAAACAAUUGCAUAACCUUUACACUCCUCCUCCAUUUUAUUAGGAUUACCCAAAUAUAACCAUUUAAAGAAAGAAUGCAUUCCAGAACAAAUUGUUUACAUCAGUUCCUAUACCUUACUGACACAUUGCUGAUAUGCAAGUAAGAAAUAAUGCCUCCAUUUUUUUCUUAAAAUAGUUUAGAUAUGUUAAGCAUGGAUUUUCCCCCUAAAUUCUAUUUUAAAGCCUCUAUAGAAUAUAGUUUGGAAAUUAAAAUUUUCUUACACAAGGGGCAGAUGAAUUUCAUGUGAAUCCUUUUAGGAUUUUUUCCUGCUUGAUUUCAGCAUAAUAGAUAAUUUAUUAUACACCUUAGUCUUUUCUUAGUUAAAAAAAAAUUCCCUAAAGACUAACUUUAAAAGAAAACCACAGCAGGAUGCUAAUGGAAUUACUGCCUUACUGUACAUACAAAUUCUACUUUAAUACAAACCCGUAAGUUUAACAAUGUAUUUUUGAAGACUAUUUUUCUAUAACUUAGGUAAAAUAAAAGACUAUUUUCUAUCUUCCCAG